AUGAAAGACGACGCUUUUUUACUCGAAACAACGUCCAAUACGUCUCUUGUAGACUUUAUUGAUAGUGUAUUAAGCGAACACAUGGACAGUACUGGUGUAGAUACCGUUUUGCUCAAAUACAUCUUUUUGUUAUAUACUCGUCUUGCUUUGCUUGACAGCACACACCAUCCAUUAGUCAAUAUCAACAAACUCUGUAGUUUUAUCGUUGUCUAUAUCGAAUCCAAUACCAAUCAAGUGCAAAGUAUAGUAGAGAACUUGGUCAAAAACAACAGCCAAUUGCAAGACAGCUUGAUAUCGACCAUUAGCAUGCUGGUGGAUACAGUGCAAGGAUUACCUAAUAUGAUGGCAGUGCCUGUCUCUAUUGACACAUUAGACCGUGCUUAUGUUCUCCUUCGUGUCUUGGAUGCAUUGAUCCUAUCCGCCCUCUUUAUUGACACUGUUGUAUGCUCCUUUGACAAAAUAGACCAAACCUUGAUGGACUGCUACAGUAGCUUAAUUCCUCUCUUGAAACACACGGUUGAACACAAUAAGACAACAGCACCUUAUGCUUAUUUGGUCAAAAAGACAUUGGUCUCUUUAUUCAAUUCAUUCGGAAACAUUCAUUUCUUUAUCCCUCUUGGAUUUGUCUCUGACUCAAGACAGAGUGAGAUGGUAAGACUGAAGGAUGCUGAGCCAGAUGUAUCUGCCAUUGACACGUUAUAUGAAAAAAUCCUGUAUUAUAUUGAACAAAGUGGGCUUGAUUCUUCACGGUCUGCUUUUAUUGAUGGUCCUCUUAUUAUGGACUGGGAAGUGGCGUAUGAUAUUAGUACAAAACUCAAGUUUAUCAAUGACACUGCGUUUGAUGGUUCAGAAGAUCGACUUGAAUUUUUAAUGAUGUCUAUGGAACAAGUUAAUGGUACCAAUGAUGGUACCGGUACUUGGGAUGAAGGCCUUCAAGAAGAUACAACAGAGGAAGAAGAGUUUGAUGAUACUUUAUUAGUUCAAAAGAUUUCUCAAAUUCAAGAAUUGUUUCCUGACCUCGGGGAUGGGUUUAUCGAAGCUUGUUUAGCAGCCAACAACAAUAAUGGCGACAUUGUCGUCAUGCAAUUGCUUGAAGAUACAUUACCGCCUUCUGUGCAACAUUUGGAUCGAUCCAUGACACGAUUCAUUCAAGAAAGACCUAAAGAAAAAAGCAUCUUGGCUUCAAGACAUAAUAUUUACGACAAUGAUGAAUUUGACGUGUUUGCUCAUCGUACAGUUGACACUUCCAAGAUAUACGAAGGCAAGAAAGACAAAGGCGAUGCAGACACUUUAUUGGACGAUAAGAGUUUUAUUCAGGACGCAAAGAAGAAUGUGUUGCAACGUGUGGUUGACAUGUAUGAUGAUGAAUAUGAUGAUACGUAUGACGAUAUUAAUGAUGCUGGUGUGCCUACAGCAGAUGUGGAUGGUGAUUCUGCUGUGGAUGUAUUGAAGAAGAGACAACACAUAGAAGACCCAGGUGUACAGAAUGAGAGUUUACUUAUCCACACAUUUGUUGAGAGGCCCGACGUGUUUAACCGUAAAAGCAGUGUUCGAAAAUCUAAAGAUAGAGCUGCUUUAAGACGACAGACAGGCAUGAGUCAUGAACAGAUAGAAGGUUGGGCUAUUAUGUUUAAUCGAAACCCUCGAAAACAAAGAAUUUUAGACAAGUACAUGUUGUUUGAUGGUAAACAAGAACAAGUGUCUGAGAAUGCUAGUCAGACACAACAGAAAAAACCUCCUGUAUCAGAAGCAAGAGACCGUGCUUACAAGGACAAAAACAAAGCUCGAUAUGGUAAUCAUAACCGUAAAGCAGGCAGAGAUAAAAAGAUAGCCAAGGCUGGUCCUCCACCUUCAUAG